GUCCCAUCAAAUCCUUUAUUGAAUUCAAGACCAACUUUGUUAUCUCCUAUGAAGUUCAAGAUAGAAGAUGAUGAAGCUACAGUUAACCUAUUAAUUUCUUACAUUCAAAAAUCAAACUCAAGACGUCAGAAGGAGGCUCAAUUUUUUAAGAAGCAGUACACAAGAGAUGAAAUUUCAAAAUUAGAUAAAAGGAAGCUGACACAGAGCCCUCAGAUGAGUCUAAAUAUGAAAUCUCAGACGCCUCAGAGGCUAAGUAACAAAUUUAAGACCAGAGAAGUAGCCCAGAAUAGCAGAUUACCUGCCCUUCCAAGCUUGAAUAACUCCAAGAGAAAGAUUUCUCGAUCGAAAUCAAAAUCCCCGAAAAAGUCAGGGACAAUGAAGAAAAGAAAGUUCAAGAUUCUGAAGAAAAUUUUGAAGAAGAAUCUGAAGAAGCAGCCUAAAUGCGAGGUUAUGAAGCUGAAGCCUCCAGAGGCUUCUCUGAAAGAAAAGCAAGCUAUUAUAGCUGAUAAGAAAAAGUUAUUUGCAGCUACUCGAAACCAGGAGUAUACUAAGCAUGAAAGAGGAUUCUCUAUGAGUACUGCUCCCUCUCCUAAGCAUAAUUAUAACCUCUACAGUUUUCAGCCGAACUAUCCUAAAUCUAAUUUUUGAGACUCAGUAGCUAAGAUUUUGAAGAGGAAGAACAACCAAAGACUCAUGCAGAUCAGAAAAGACUGGUCUGAGGCUGGUUUCAUGCCUAAGAUAGUCUAAGAUUUAAUAAAUUUGAAUUUUCAACUUUAAAAAUA